AAGUGACAGAGAUCUGAAACACACACAAGUUAUCUCUUCAAUUAAGGCGUGACUUUUUAAUGGGUGUGGUGGCACAUGUGGGGAAGUGUUAGCUUUUACCAGUGAGUGGGGUGAUGAACCCACAUCAAGCAGAAGGAACCACACCAUAUCUGAAGAGGAAGGGCUGAAAUUCCCGGUGACAUGGAACUACAGUGAUUCUUUUGUAGCGUUUUGGGAGUUGAAGGUUUCCGAGGCAGGAUUACUGGAACUCACAAAACCGGAUAGAGGGAAAAUUUGUCUGUUUUACUUGAAGGACUUCUUAUGGCUUUUCAUCAACAGUGGCUUCUAUUCAUUGCCUCUCUUCUAUAAAGGCCAGACUUGUUGAGUCCACUGCUCAUGAUGAUCUGGUCAACAGAUUCUAUUGGAGCUUAGAGCUCUGCAGCUCCUCCAGCAGAAGGAUGGGGCUACUGCAGUUUCUAAAAUCCCAGUUUUUGUGCCACCUGAUCAUAUGCUACGUGUUCCUGGUGAGCGGACUUAUUGUCAACCUGAUACAGCUCUGUACCUUACCUCUGUGGCUGGUCAGUAAGCAGCUGGCCCGCAGGAUCAACGUCAGACUGGGCUACUGCAUUGCAAGUCAGAUGGUAGCAGCCCUGGAGUGGUGGUCUGGGACAGAAUGCACGCUCUACACCGACCCAAAGAGCUACCCUCUCUAUGGAAACGAGAAUGCAAUUGUGGUCCUCAACCAUGCUUUCGAGAUAGACUUUCUGUGCGGCUGGACCUUCUGUGAGAGAUUUGGAGUUCUUGGGAGUUCCAAAGUGUUGGCCAAAAAGGAGCUGGCCUAUGUCCCAGUGAUUGGCUGGAUGUGGUAUUUCCUUGAGAUAGUUUUCUGCAAAAGGAAGUGGGAGGAGGACCGGACAACUGUGGCUCAGAGCCUUCAGAAUCUGCGGGAUUACCCUGAAAACUAUUGGUUCCUGCUUUACUGUGAAGGAACACGCUUCACCCCAAAGAAACACCAGAUCAGCAUGCAAGUAGCUGAAGGCAAAGGUUUACCUCAACUCAAGUACCAUCUUCUGCCAAGAACCAAAGGAUUCUAUGUAACCGUCCAAAACCUCAGGGGGACUGCUGCAGCUGUUUACGAUUCAACACUGAACUUCAGAAACAAUGAAGUACCAACCCUUCUUGGAAUUCUUAAUGGAAAGAAAUAUCAUGCAGAUUUAUAUGUCAGGAGGAUUCCUUUAGAGUCAGUUCCAGACGAUGAAGCAGAGUGUGCUGCUUGGCUGCACAAACUUUACCAGGAAAAGGAUAGCUUUCAGGACCACUACACACGAACGGGGCGUUUCCCUGGGCCCAUCAUGAGCCCUCCACGUCGGCCGUGGUCCCUGAUCAACUGGCUCUUCUGGUCCUGUGUGGUUCUGUACCCUCUGGGCCUCCUGCUCGCCGAACUGCUCAGCUCCGGAUCGGUCCUUACCAUCACCGCUGCUGGAGUUCUGUGCUCUUCAGUGUCGAUAGGAAUACGCUGGAUGAUUGGCCAGACUGAGAUUGACAAAGGCUCAAAUUAUGGGAUUAAGACAGCCCCUCUAAACAACAAUUAAGGUGUGCUGCUGUCUGUCAGGGCUGCUUCUGUGGAGAUCCACAGAUCUGAAAGCUAGGUGAACAGCAAUUCAGCGAGGCCAACAAGUACAGCCCUGCAUCAAGGCAUGUCCAGCCAUGCUUAAAGCUGUGCCGCAAAAGCAGAAAUGAAAGUUUGAGAAACAAGAAGAGGGUGGGGGUUAUCUCAUCUAAGUGGAAAUAUUUUAACAGUGCCAAGGAGACCCUCACCUGUGAAAGAGAACGUUUCAAAUUGAAACAUUCUCUUUCACAAGUCAAAUAUGAACUACCUCUUUGAUUAACGUGUACGUCAAAUGGUAUCUGCAUUGGGAGAUAAUGUAUUUUAUUGGGAUUUUAUGCAGUAGACCAAGAAAUGGGACAAGAAUAAAUUAUUUAAAUCAAGUCUUACUACAGAUUCUUAUUGUAAGUUAGGUGUAGGCUUUGACUGGGCCGAACAUGAAUAUGCUUGUAUCUAAAUCAGAGGUGUCAAAACAUUUUGCUAUGUUGGCCAAAAAGGUUGUUUGAUUUCUUUUGUAUUGUUUUUAUAAAUCUACAAUAAACUAAACAUGCAAUAUUUAAAUCAAAUGACCAAAGUGUACUGACUGUUGAAAAAUUGGCCUCUAAAUCAUGAAGUUGAAGUUUGUCAAAAAAUAUAUAAAAUAUUGUGACUGAGUAAACAAGAACUGGAAAUGGAUCAGUCUUACCUCAUAGGUCACCUGAGAUUUAUUUAUUGGUAGAAUUUUAGCUCUAAAAACACACAUCAUUCUUGAACUGUCGUCAGAGCCGCAAAAACAUCUUUUCAAGGGCUGUAAAUGGCCACUGGGCCACAAUUUGAAAACCCCUGGCUUCAUGUUUAGAAUCGGCAUCCUGUUGGAAGGUGGAUCUCUGCCCCAGUCUCAAGUCUUCUGCCAUACCUAACAGGUUCUGACAUGAUUUUUAAUGCAGUUGACUAUAUUGGAUUUUUAAUUAGGGAUAUCAUUGUAAAGGAGGCUGAAUACUAAUGCAUACCACACUUUUCUGAAUUUUAUUUGUUAAAAUGUUACACUUGUGCUUAAAAUGUAUCCACUCCUUUGUUUUGGUCUAUCACAUAAAUGUGAAAACAUUAAAGGGGUAUAAAUACUUGUGCAAGACACUA